UAAUAGAUUUUGUGCUAGAAAGCAGCAUGCUUUUUAACCAGUGUUCAUUUUACACAAAGUGGAAGCUAAAACUACAACUAGUUGUGCUUUUAGCUGCAAAGGCUUUGAUUUUUGAACAUAACAUUAUGAGUAUUAGUAGCAUUGAAAGCUUAACUCAAGAUACUAAAGAUGAAUCAAAAGAACAAACACAAGAAGAGAACAAUGAAGUACUCAAAGUCUUGGAGGAAAAGAUCACAAUGAUAGAUCCCAAGCACACAAGUGGGGAUAGUGAGGCAAUUUCCAAUUUCUUGAGGUCUAACAAAGAGGUGAAGUGGUACAUGGCUUUGUUGGGGAUUAGGAUUGUUGCUUUUGUGUUAUGUUUGAUUGCUUUCUCUGUGUUGGGAGCUAAUGAGCAAAAGAUUUUGGUAAAUGAGGAAAUAACAAAUUGGUUCUCGAGCGGAUUCUCUGUUAAAACUCCAUACGAAUUCCGUUGGUAUGACUACGACGAAUUCAAGUAUAGUUUUUCAGCAAAUGUGAUUGGAUUUGUUUAUUCUGGAUUGCAAAUUUGUUAUCUAGUGAAGUACUUAAUCACAAAAAAUCACACUAUAAACCCCAAGUUGCAUGGUUACUUCAAUGUUGCUAUUGAUCAGACAUUGGCAUAUGUCCUAAUAUCAGCUUCAUCAUCAGCUGCAACUGCAGCUCAUCUUUACAAAAGCUAUUGGAUUGAACAUGGUGCACACAAAUUCAUUGAAAUGGCAGAUGCAUCUGUUUCUAUGUCCUUCUUUGCAUUUGUAACCUUUGCCUUAGCUUCUCUUGUCUCUGGUUUCAUCCUUUUCAGGUUCACCUAGUUUAUAAGUACUAAAUGUGUCAAGUGUACAAUGGAUGAAUGAUCAAACUUUAUCAUUUCUGAAUUUUGCAAAUUUUCAUAUUUUAAGAAAUAAGAUUUGUUUCAGAGGA